CAGCGGAAGAAGAGGACUCGGCCGCAGAAAGAAGGGAUCACUUGCAGCCGUCAGGAUGCAGAGCACCACCAACUACCUGUGGCUCAUCUCGGACCUGCUGGGUCAGGGAGCGACGGCCAACGUUUACCGCGGCAGACACAAGAAAACCGGAGACCUUUACGCUGUCAAAGUGUUCAACAACCUGAGCUUCCUCAGACCGCUCGACGUCCAGAUGAGAGAGUUCGAGGUUCUGAAGAAACUGAACCACAAGAACAUCGUCAAACUGUUCGCUGUGGAGGAGGAGUCUAACACCCGUCACAAGGUCUUGGUGAUGGAGUACUGUCCUUGUGGAAGUCUCUACACAGUUUUAGAGGAGUCAUCCAACGCUUACGGACUUCCUGAGGACGAGUUCCUCAUAGUCCUGCACGAUGUGGUGGCAGGUAUGAACCACUUGAGAGAGUACGGUAUUGUUCACCGGGACAUCAAACCAGGAAACAUCAUGCGUGUGAUCGGAGAGGACGGACGCUCCGUCUACAAACUCACAGACUUCGGAGCAGCGAGAGAGCUGGAGGACGACGAGCAGUUUGUGUCUCUGUACGGCACUGAGGAAUACCUGCACCCCGACAUGUACGAGCGAGCCGUGCUGAGAAAAGACCACCAGAAGAAAUACGGCGCCACGGUGGAUCUGUGGAGCAUCGGGGUCACGUUCUAUCACGCCGCCACCGGCAGCCUCCCGUUCAGGCCGUUUGAAGGACCGCGCCGGAACAAAGAAGUCAUGUAUAAAAUCAUCACAGAGAAACCGUCCGGGACGAUCUCCGGCCACCAGAAGUGUGAGAACGGGAAGAUCGAGUGGAGCACGGAGAUGCCGGUUUCCUGCAGUCUGUCGAAGGGUCUUCAGAGCCUCCUGACUCCGGUCCUCGCAAACAUCCUGGAGGCUGAUCAGGAGAAAUGUUGGGGCUUCGACCAGUUCUUCGCCGAGACCAACGACAUCCUGCACCGGACCGUCGUCUACGUGUUCAGCCUCCAGCAGGCCACGCUGCACCACGUCUACAUCCACGAAUACAACACGGCGGCGCUGUUCCAGGAGCUGCUGUCCCGCAGGACCAGCAUCCCGCUGCACAACCAGGAGCUCCUGUACGAGGGCCGCCGCCUCGUCCUGGACCCCAACCGCCAGGCCAAGACCUUCCCCAAAACCUCCAGAGACAACCCCAUCAUGCUCGUGAGCCGCGAGUCUGUCGCCACCGUGGGACUCAUCUUUGAAGACCCCAGUCCUCCUAAAGUCCAGCCUCGCUACGACCUGGACCUGGACGCCAGCUACGCAAAGACUUUUGCAGGUGACGUUGGACAUUUAUGGAAAACUUCAGAGUCUCUGCUGGUUUAUCAGGAACUGGUGCGAAAAGGUGUUCGAGGUUUAAUAGAGCUGAUGAAGGAGGACUACAGCGAGAUUCUGCACAAGAAGUCUGAGGUUUUCCAUCUGUGUAACUACUGCACACAGAUCCUGGAGAGGACCGAGCAGCUGUUUGAGGUGCUGAUGCAGGCCAACAUGUUGUCGUCAGAAUAUGACGAGAUCUCGGACAUGCACAAGAAAGUUCUCAGGAUCUCCGGCUCUUUGGAGCCCAUUGAACGAACAACACAAGACAUCAAGAGUAAAUUCCUCUCGGGGGGCCUGCUGACCGACGGCUGGACGCAGCAAGUGGGGACGCACCCCGAGGACAGGAAUGUGGAGAAAAUCAAAGUGCUGCUGGACGCCAUCACAGCCAUCUACCAACAGUUCAAGAAGGACAAAGCAGAGAGACGUCUCCCGUACAACGAGGAGCAGAUCCAUAAAUUUGACAAACAGAAGCUGGUCCUUCAUGCCAGUAAAGCGAGGUCUUUGUUCACGGAGGAGUGUGCCAUGAAAUAUCGUCUCUUCAUCUCCAAGAGUGAAGAGUGGAUGAGGAAGGUUCAUCACGUGAGGAAGCAGCUGCUCGGUCUGUCCGGUCAGCUGAUCAGCAUCGAGAAGGAGGUGACGGUGCUGAUGGAGCGAGCCAUCAAGCUGCAGGAACAGCUGCCUCAGAAGGUUCUUCCUCUGGUGUCCAGUGGGAUGAAGUCUCAGGCUUACCUGAGUCAGAACACGCUGGUGGAGAUGACACUCGGGAUGAAGAAGCUGAAGGAGGAGAUGGAGGGAGUCGUCAAAGAGCUGGCAGAGAACAACCACUUCUUAGAGAGGUUCGGGACUCUGACGCUGGACGGAGGUCUGAGAGGCUGAGACUCGCUGAGAAGCUUCUGCUCUUCUGUAAAUAUUCUGUGUUUAUGUUGUAAAUAAUGUGAGACUGGAAGCCGAAGCUUUUUGUAUGAACGGUUCCUCAUUCAGGUCAGAUCAGAUCAGAUCGGUUCAGAUCAGAUCAGAUCGGUUCAGAUCAGAUCUGUUCGGUUCAGAUCGGUUCAGAUCAGAUCAGAUCGAUUCAGAUCAAAUCGGUUCAGAUCAGAUCAGAUCGGUUCAGAUCGGUUCAGAUCAGUUCAGAAACACGUUGCCACUCUCUGCAGUAGAAGCAGCUCAGCUCGGUUUUAAAGGUGCAAUAUGUCAAAAUUUUACUUUCAAACAUUCAAAAAUGAGCAUUAUCAACAGAAUGUGAAGAACUAGCAGUUCUGACAUCAUUUCAAACUACUGAGGUUAGCAUGCUAACCAGCUAGCUGCAGCCCGUCCUGUCUCUCACCUGAACAGGUGACAGUCGGACAGUUCAGCCCUCUGUAGUUUCGGCUGGGAGACGAAUUUCAGUUUAUGUUUUACAAGCUUUUUUUAGUCUGAACUGAAGUGAACUAAGACGAGUUUAGUCACCAAAUUAACUCAUCGUAAACAAACUUCAUUCAAACUGACGUCUUUCACUGUCGCAACAGUAAAACUCUCCUCGUGUCCCUCAUCGAGCCCGCUGCACGGCUAACUCAGCUAACUAGCUAACAGCAGCUACAGUUAGCGGUUACUCUGGUGAUUUGCUGCCCCCUGUUGGUUUGAAUUUGACAGGGGGCCCAUUCUGACACGUUGCACCUUUAGACGUUUUAAGAUAUUUUUACUUGAUGAGUGAAGGAACUCAGAGCUGUGAGGAAAAGACUUUAAUGAAUCCUUCAGUUACCCUGAAAACAGCAGACGCCCUCACCUGGAUCAAGUUUAAUGAUUCACAAUCACCUGAGGUGAGCCUGCUAAAACCCUGCACGUUACCUCAGACUGAGGUUUAAUUAAUGGAUAAAUUAAUGGGUUUAAGAUGUUUUUCAUGGAUUAAAUUCACAGUUUAAAUUGCUUUUAAGGGGUUAAAACCUUUUCAAAUUCACCAUAAAUAAUGAACUUAGGUGUAAAUGAAAGGAUGCUCUGAUGUUAUUUGGUCAAUUUAAAAACCCUUAAACAGUGGAGAUAAUCUGUUUAAAAUGCCUUAAUUCAAAGUAAACCAUUCUUUUAUCCGUCACUUAAAUGUUGGAAGAAAACCAAAUUUCCCUUCUAAACUAAAUAUACAGUCAAAUAUUUCAGUCUGUCGUGUUGAUAAAAGUCGUUAAAUGUCUGAAUACUAAAUAAAAACGAUCCCUUAAAUUAGAAAGAUUAGUUUGUUUCUGAAGAUGUUUCGGAGCUCUUUCAUAACAACUUCAGAUCAUCGUUAAUGGAUAGUUUCUCAAAUAUUUCAAAUUAAUGUGUAAAUGAAAAUCUACAUCAUUACUUAAUUAGUGUGAUUUUAACGAAAGGAGGAUUGACGGGAUCUCCUCGAUCAGACGUCUUGAUUUAGUUCAAAUGUAUUUGUUUUCAUGGUAAUUUAAGGACUAAUUAAGGCUACUUUAAGGGAUUAUUAUGCCAUAAUGAUUGGAUUGUAAUAAAUUAUGUUGUUUUCUGCAUGGAUUGAAAGGCGCCUGACGGGGAAAAAUAUCCUUAACUGACAUAUUCUGAAUUAAAUUAUUUUGUUAAUUUUAAGGGGUUUUAAGCCCUUAAAAACCCUUUACCUUUGCGGUUAAUGCUGAUUACAUUUGAUGUUUAUUUAUUGUACUUAAAGGCUGAUCAGUAAUCACUAUUUUUUUCCCUCUAUUUGCAUAAAUGUAUUGUCAUAUAUUCUCCGCUGUCAAUAAGCCGCUGGUCUGUUGUAACAUACAGAAAUACCUCUUCACAUUCAUAUCAGCUCAUCUUCGUCUUUUACUCUUUAGAAGAUGUUCAUGUUCUGCUUUGUCAAUAAUCAGCAUUUAAAAUGUUCAAUGACUGUUUGAAAAAAACUGUAAAUAAAGAAACAUCAAAGACG